GCUCUUUUGUUAGCUUUUCCUUUUGUCCUGUCGGGGAGAGGAAACUGUUGGGUCAGGAUUUUACUGCCAACUUCAAAUCUGGAAGUAUUUAGAAAAUGCAGAUCGCGAAAAAGUACUUUUCAGAAAGCUUGAUUCAAUUGACGAUCCUACUUAGUUUAGUUGGAGUUCGAGUAGACAUCGACAGUUACUUAACCGGCUACUAUUCGCCUCUGGCAGAGAUUAACUUGGGUCCUAGCUCAGCCUACAUCCAGACACCCUUUCACGUUCUGAGAGACACCCUCGACGGAAACGGUGUGCAUCCGAAAUGUCCUGAGUUGGACUAUUUUUUUGCGAGCCGACGCCUGCUGGAUGAAGUGAGGAGCCUUGGUUCCCCGCGGUUCCCCACGCAGCUCAACGCGUGGCUGGUACACCAAGUGUCUGCCACUGACAAGGCUGAGCAUGGGCCUUCAACCAGCGAGAACAGUGACUCCAGCCAUGAGUUAGAAGACCCUGGAUAUGAAGCAGGAGAUGGCAGGGAGCACCUGCCUGUCCAAGGCCAAGAAGUGGACCACACCAGUCCUGAACUGGGACAGGGGCCUUGUGGUGCUGGAGCUUUUCUGUUUCCUCAAGAGGUGGAUGAGGCCAAGGUCAAAGAAGAGGAAGAUGCUGUUCCCAUCACUCAGCUGGCUCACAGUUCCACACUGGAACAAGAGUAUCUUCUUGAAAGCAACCCUACAUUAUCUGGUGUAGAGCAUCAUUACGCUCCUCCUACUUCCACUGAUGUUGACUGGAGCAAUUUACUCUCCGUUACAGAUCUGGAUGAACUGGACUCAAUAGUUAAUGAGCAUCUAUCAGAGCUGAGUGCAGACAUCACCAGUGCCAUCAGCCAUGAUGUUAGUUUGCAUGAUGCUACAGUAACCAGUGCUGGGGCAUUUGGAGUGGGGUCUGGAGUAUCAGAGUCCAGGAUAGUCACCCAGCAGCGACGGCCACUCUUACGACUGGAAUCCACAAACUCCACGCUCUCAGAUGUUUUACCAGGGAUGGCUGUGGGUCUUGCUGCACUCCCUUUUGCCUCGGUGUGUAAUUUAACUGGAAAUGUGACAUCACAGAGUUUGCUGGGUGGCUGCCUGGACGAGGCCGUGUUUGACCAGAUCAAUCAGCUAGGUCUGGAAGGCCUGGACACUAUUGACAAUCAGCUGAUGAAUUCUCUGGGCAGAGUUGACUCACAAGGCCAUGAGGACUUGGACUCGGAUUCAGGGCUAUCCCUGGAGAGCAGCUAUGGAGGUCCAGCGUCUCCAGGCUCAUCUGAGAUAUCAUCAUCUAGUUCGUACUGUGAGGAUGAGGGAGGAGCCACAGGCUACAACAGUGAUGUGGAUUCCUUACCCUCAAAAGGCAUAAUGGACCACACCACAAUGUGGCCACCUGUUGAUCUAAGGGAGAAUGUUUGGCAUGACCAUAGCUACUCUUCUCCUGCUUUCCUCAACAAGGCAUCUUUAAAACUGCCCCAGAAAACAGAGGAGGCUUUCAGCGAUGAUGAUGAUGAUGAUGAUGGCUCACAGCUGGAAGAAGAGGAGCUGAGUCGUGAUGAGCUGCGCGCCCGUGCCAUGUACAUCCCCUUCUCUGUCCGGCAGAUCGUCAGCAUGCCUGUGGAAGAGUUCAUGGAGAUUCUCGACUGUCAUGGCUUCUCUCCUGAACAGGUGACUCUACUGAGGGACAUCCGCCGGCGCGGGAAGAAUAAACUGGCAGCACAAAACUGCCGCAAGCGCAAACUUGAUGCCAUCACAGGACUCCAGGAGGAGGUGGAGAGGCUGCAAGCUCAGAGAGACAGGCUGCUGAGAGAGAAACAGCUUACAGCUAAGACUAUGGGUGCUGUGGGCCACCAGAUAAAACAGCUGACUAGAGACGUUCUGGCUCGGCUGAGAGAUGAUUCUGGACGGCCCCUGAGCCCAGAGAGGUUUACCCUGCAGUGCGGGGCUAACGGAAGGGUUGUAAUUCAGCCCUUAAGACGUCCUGCUGUCUCUACAUCAGCAGGCAACAAAACAGACAAGAGGAAGAAGGGAAAAAAACAAUGA